CCAGUGUAAGCGCCCAAUGGGGUUAGCUAGUGGUAGCUAGCUGUUCCCAGGCGCUUCACAGGCAGGGGUGGUUGUAGCCUGAGGUUAGGAGGGGCAGAGCAGCUAUAUUUAGUGUGGAGCGUCAGGGCUUUGGGGGGGUGGGUGAGCCCAAGAUUAGGUUUCAGGGUCUUCAGCCGGGCAGCCUUUCUGCUCCCCUGUCCUUUCCAGCCGGUGACGGAGCACCAAGAGGACCUACCUGCCGCAAUCUCCUAGUAUCUCUCUCGCUCUUUCUCCCCUGUUUCUCCUCCCCCUCCCAUCACUGCAUCCAUCCACCAUGGAGCCCGGCGCCAUCAAGGAGGAGCUGCGCUUGUUCCAGAGCACCCUGCUCCAGGACGGGCUAAAGGAGCUGCUGAACGAGAACAAGUUUGUGGACUGCAGCCUGAAGGUGGGCGACCGAAGCUUCCCCUGCCACCGGCUCAUCAUGGCCGCCUGCAGCCCCUACUUCCGGGAGAUCUUCUUUGGCGAGGACGGCAAGGAGCUGGAGGACACCAAGGAGGUGGUGCUGGAGGACAUAAACCCCGGCAUCCUUGACAUGGUCAUCCGCUACCUUUACUCGGCGGAGAUCGACCUGACGGAUGACAACGUGCAGGACAUCUUCGCCCUGGCCAACCGGUUCCAGAUCCCGUCGGUGUUCACCGUGUGCGUCAACUACCUCCAGAAGAAGCUGUCGCUUGGCAACUGCCUGGCCAUCUUCCGCAUGGGCCUGGUGCUCAGCUGCCCCCGCCUGGCGGUGGCGGCGCGCGACUACGUGGCGGACCGCUUCGAGCUGCUCCACGACGACGAGGAGUUCCUGCAGCUGGCCGCGCACGAGCUCUUCGCCGUCAUCGGCGGGGACUCGCUCAACGUAGAGAGGGAGGAGAUGGUGUUUGAGUUUGUGAUGGCGUGGGUGCGCCACGACAAGGACAAGCGGCUGCCCGUGCUGGUCGACGCCUUCGACUGCAUCCGCUUCCGCCUCAUGCCCGAGAAGUACUUCAAGGAGAAGGUGGAGGCCGACGAGAUCGUCAAGGCCAGCCCCGAGCUCCAGAAGAAGAUCCAGGCGGUCAGCGACGCCUUCAAGGGGAAGCUGCCGGAGGUAGUGCCCAAGCCGAAGAAGGAGGGCGAGGAGGGGGCGGUCAACGGCGACGAGGAGGAGGUGGAGGAGGAGAGCCUCCUGCCCGGCUACCUCAACGACAGCCGUCGGUUGGGGAUGUAUGUGCGGGAGUUCAUCGUGAUGAUCAGCGACACGGCGGCGGUGGCGUACGACGUGGCGGAGAACGAGUGCUUCCUGGCCGCCAUGUCGGAGCAGGUGCCCCGCAACCACGUCAGCACCGUUUCCAAGCACAACCAGCUGUACAUCAUCGGCGGGCUGUUCGUGGAUGAGGAGGAUAAAGACGCGCCCCUGCAGUGUUACUUCUACACCUUGGACCCGUUGAUGUCAGAAUGGACGGCCCUUCCUCCGAUGCCGUCACCUCGGUGCCUCUUCAACAUCGGAGAGAGCAACAACAUUCUGUUCGCCAUCGCUGGAAAAGACCUCCAGUCCAACGAGUCCUUGGACACCGUUAUGUGUUUUGACGUUGAGAAGAUGAAGUGGAGUGAGUCCAAAAAGCUCCCACUGAAGAUCCACGGCCACUCUGUGGUCUCCCACGAAGGUCUAGUCUACUGCCUGGGAGGCAAGACCGACGACAACAAAGCACUCAACAAGAUGUUUGUGUACAACCACAAGCAGUCUGAGUGGCGGGAGCUGGCCGCCAUGAAGACAGCCAGGGCCAUGUUUGGCACCGUCAUCCACAACGGGAAGAUCAUCGCGGUGGGAGGAGUCAACGAGGAAGGCCUCAGCAGCAUGUGCGAAACAUACGACUUCGCCACAAACAAGUGGGAGCCCUUCACAGACUUCCCCCAGGAGCGCAGCUCGGUGAACCUGGUGUCCACGGGGGGCUCCCUGUACGCCGUGGGCGGAUUCGCCAUCGUCCAGAUGGAGAACAAGGAGGUGGCGCCCUCCGAGGUCACCGACGUCUGGCAGUAUGAGGCUGAUAAGAAGGAGUGGAGCGGUAUGCUGAGGGAGAUGCGCUACGCCGCGGGGGCGUCCUGCGUGCCCAUGCGUCUCAACGCCGCCAGGAUGCCAAAGCUGUAGAGAACCCCCCCCCCCCCCCCCAUCCCUCCCGGCCCCCAUCCCUCCCGGCCCCCGACCCUCCCCGCCACCCUACACACACGCACACGCACGCACACGCACGCACACGCACGCACACACACGCACACACAUGCACACACACACACACACACACACACACACACACACACACACACACACACACACACACACACACACUUUCUCUACCUUACCUUUCUACCCCUUCCCUUCUACCGUUCAAACCAAACGGCUUCAUCCUCCCACAAUGCAUUGCAACAGCCCUUUCCAGAGAACCAUUCUGGAUGUAUGUUUCUGAAGUUUGAUCGCUUUUGCUGUUUUUUAACGUCUUCUUAAUUUAUUUCUAUCCUUCUUUUUUUUGGCCUGUUAUCUUCUCUCUUCUCUUUUUGGGCGUACUUUAUUUAUUUAUUUUGCCUUAUAUUUUCUUAUUCCUUCUUUCUAUCUUCCUUCCUUCCAAUAUGUCGCAUUCUUUCUUUAUUUCCUUCUAUCAUUCUUUAUUGCCACCUAUGUUUAUCUCUCCCUCUCUCUCUCUCUCUCUCUCUCUCUCAUGCUCUUGGUCUAUCUCUAUGUCUCUCUGUCUUUGAUGCUAUAUAAAAGACUGCACCCCAAUACACAUCAACAUCAACCCCACACACACAGACACACAUACUGACACACUGAAAACACAAUUAGAUCAAUCGUUUAAAUUGAAUUUGAAUUAAAUUAAUAAAAAUGUUAUUUCUAGCUCUUUGUUUUGUAAAAUAAACAUUUGUAAA